CCUUGUGUGCAAAGGCUGUAAGUGAGCUAGCUAGCCUGCCCCUUUAACGUCGUGACAAUGGCUGGACUUGCAAACGAGAAUGGACUGUUUUGGGUUUUAUUUGCUUAAAAUAAACAUAUAUGUUUAAAAACAACGAAAGGCAUUUAAAUACCCCCGUGCAAUCAUUCCAAUGAUUUGGCAAUGAUGAUGGAUCAGUCUUCGUCCAGCUGCAGCAGCACCAGUCACUGCCUCCCCAGUCUGCCCAGUAAGGCCAGUAUGAGCGGCAGGCUGGUGCAUGUGGAUUUCCCCGAGGUGCCGGUGUCAUUGCUGGAGAGUCUGAACCAGCAGAGGCUGGAGGGGCAGCUGUGUGACCUGAGCAUCCAAGUGCAGGGCCAGGAGUUCAGGGCUCAUCGCUGUGUGCUGGCAGCCUCCUCGCCGUACUUCCACGACCAGGUCCUCUUGAAGAACGUCUCCUCGGUGGUCCUCCCCUCUGUCAUGGACCCCCUGGCCUUCGAGAGUGUGCUGGGCUCCGCCUACACGGGCAGACUGAGCAUGCUCACGGACGAGAUCGUCAACUACCUGACAGUGGGCAGCGUGCUGCAGAUGUGGCACGUGGUGGACAAGUGCUCCGAGCUGCUGAGGGAGGGCAGGGGUCAAGGGAACAGCCAGCUCACCGGCAGCAGCAGGGCAGUGGAGGGGGGGGACCAGCUGGGGAACAGCCAGGCAGGCAGGCAGGGGGGGCACUGCUCCAGUCGGGCCAGCGAGAACCAGUCCCCCAGCAGCACCAACUACUUCAGCCCCAGAGAGGCAGGCUCGAGCGGAGGGAGCAGCGUGGGGGCCGGGGGGCUGGCGGGAGUGCUGGGGGGCGCGGGGCAGGCCGGGGGGGGCGGGUACGGGAGAGCGGGGGAGGACUCUUUCACUGAAGAGUCCGAGGAGAUGGUGUAUCAGCAGCAGCACAGCUCGAGCUUGCGCAAACGAGCCGGCCGCUUCGCUCGCAGGAGGAAGCUGAGGGAGAGCGAGGAGGGGGGGCUGGACUCGGAGCUGGAGGACAGCGGCGGCCCCUCCUCCUCCUCCACCCUGCUUCUAGGGGGGUCGAAACGCCCCGCCUACGUGCAGCCCAGCAUCAUGCCCCGCAAGCAGUGGGUGCUGGUGAAGAAGGAGAGGCCGGCUCCCCUGGAGGACGUGCUGCUGACCUGUGAGGACGAGGAGGGCAGUGAGGGGGGCAGGGCGGGGCCUGGGGCAGGAGCACUGGUGUUUGAGGGGGGCAGUGGGGGGGUGGGAGAGCUGGUGUUCGAGGGGGGUGCGGAGGGUAGGGGGGGGGACGGAGCACUGGUGCAGACGGGGGCUGGAACGCUGGUGUUUGAGGGGGGUGCGGGGGGCAGGGGUGCGGUGGGAGUGCCAGUGUUCGAGGGGGGCAGGGGGCGGGUGGGGGUGCUGGGGUUUGAGCCAGACAGGGAGCGCGCUCAGCUCAGUAUCUCCAACGUCAGGACUCUAUCUGGGAUGGAGAUGCAGCCGGAGCCAGAGCAGGGGAAGGGAGUCGGAGGAGCCGGACACAGGCAAGACGUCCUGGAUGAGCAGGUGAAUUUCUGCGAAUCCUCCGAGGACUACAUCCAGUUCGAGACGGCCGCUGGUCUGACUGGGAGCACUGGUUCGGGCAGCAUGGACGACCAGAGCCAGCCCCACCAACACCUCCACCACCAGCAACUGGGAAACGAAACCAGUACAGUGAGAAGCAGCAGCAGCAGCAGCAGCGGUGGCGGUGGAGGCGUUGCUAACCAGACAGGACUGCAGUUCAACCCCCAGAGGUCCCUGCUGCCCAUUGACAUGCAGGGCAACCAGGUCGUCGUGUAUCAGCAGCCGAGCCCGGCCGUGCUGCAGCUGGCGGGGGCGGAGCACGGGGCCGUGCAGGUCUCCCCGCACGCGCAGGACGGGGGCAAGAUAUUCAUGUGCCACUGCGGCAAGACUUUCACGCACAAGAGCAUGAGGGACCGCCACGUGAACAUGCACCUCAACCUGAGGCCCUUCGACUGCCCCGUGUGCACCAAGAAGUUCAAGAUGAAGCACCACCUGACGGAGCACAUGAAGACGCACACCGGCCUCAAGCCCUACAACUGCGACACCUGCUCCAAGAAGUUCAUGUGGAGGGACAGCUUCAUGAGGCACCGCAGCCACUGCGAGCGCAGGAGCGGGGCUGGGGGGCUCCUACACCACCAGCACGGCACGGCCGCCGCGGCUGCUCCUGGGAGCGGGCUGCUGCUGGGAGGCUCCUCAAGCGGUACUGGGAGCGCUGGUCCCGGGGGCGCGGUGCUGCUGGUGUCCCAGCAGAGCAGCGCUGUUAAUGAUGGUAGUAACAACGGGGGCAGCGUCACGUAGAGUCUCGUUUGUUAUGGUCGGGGUGUGAAGUGUUUAUGUGUGGGAUUGGGGAGCGAGGGGUGGGGCUUGUAUCAGAGGAGCAUUAAGGCCACCAUACACGAGACAGCAAAGAAUCAUCUCUCGCCUGUCAGGAAUGACAGGCUGUCGUCCACGAAUAGAAUAAAGCACUUCUCUGUUCUUGGCAGCAAGUCGCUCGUAAUCAACCAAUCAGCACAGCUGUUGAUGUCGCGUGGUAAAAGUCAUUCGAUAUGAUUCGUCCAGUGGUUUGUGCAGGGACCCUUUAGAGAUACUCAAGGCUCUUCUGGAAAUACAAAGGUAAAAGACACUGUAGAAAGCAUGAGUGAGGGUUGAUUAUUAGACGGUGAUGAUGUUGGAGAUGCACACAUUUUGUGAACUCACCGGUGCCUCUGCUGGAAUGGCUCUUCUCAGACUCCAGUCUUGAGAAGGGAUUUUAUCACUCAUUUUCCCCCAGCAACUCAUCAAGUGUGGCAGGAUCCACCCUAACACGAUUACUGUAACCACACAAAGCCUCAAGCUGCAGUGCAGCCACUCAGUUCUUAAGAGCCCCUCUUUCCUCCCUGUUUUGAAUCAUUGCCAAGGAGGCUGUGUGGUCCAGUGGUUAAAGAAAAGGGCUUGUAACCAGGAGGUCCCUGGUUCAAAUCCCACCUCAGCCACUGACUCAUUGUGUGACCCUGAGCAAGUCACAACCUCCUUGUGCUCCGUCUUUCGGGUGAGAUGUAGUUGUAAGUGACUCUGCAGCUGAUGCAUAGUUCACACACCCUAGUCUCUGUAAGUCGCCUUGGAUAAAGCUAAACAAACAAACAAGAACAUUUAUCUAACCCAGAUGUUCCCGCCCCACCUACUUUUCAACCUCUUUAAUAUCACAGCAACAGCUGCGCAGCCACAUAAAACCGACAGUUCUUAAUUCCCCGUGGUCUCUUACUGGACGACAGCAUUGCUCAGUGCAUGGUGGCCUUUAGACAUCCUGUUCUGUCUGCAGGAGGUGAGAGGAGGGAGAAACACGAGGUGGGAAUAGGAGAGGGUGUUUGGGAUCUGUUUUUAGUCUGUUGCCUGUAUGUGUUUCUUGGGAGGGAGAGGGGAUGAGAGAGUGAAAUAGAGGGGGGACCCAUCUGCCAUUGAACGUGCUUGUAAAUAUCCUGCACAGCUGUAGAUUCCUAACACUGUAGAUAUAGGAAUGUGUUGUAUACUGUGGAAAGAAAUGACAAACAAAUGCAAUCUGCUAUAUUUAGACUGACAAACUAACUCGAUAAUAAUAAUAAUAAUAAUAAUAAUAAUGAUAAUAACAGUAACGCCCCGUCCUUCGGAUCAGAUGUAAAACCGAGUAUUGUAAGUGACUCUGCAGCAGCAGUUGUGAUGCACAGUUCAGUUUCUAGGGCUGUGUUUGAAGGCGCGCUCACUAGCCAGGAAUUCGAAGGUCGUUUUAAACCUUCGAAGGUUCGUCAAGUUGCAUUCACGCUCGGUAUGUUUUCUUCUUUUCUGUUAACAGUCCUCUGCAGUUGGUGCUGCUGCAAUGCAAGCUUACUGUCUAUAUCACAAGCAGCUUCAAUGUACAGAAACAACGUGUAUUGUUAUUUAUUUAAAUUAUAAAAACAUGAUUACUAUUCUAUAUAUAACAUAUUUUUAAACUACAUGUGAAUGUUUUAUUCCAUUUAUAUGGAUUACCUGUAAAAUAGGAUUUUCAAUCAAAUCUAAACUAGCUAUUGUGACGUCACCAGUAAAUUAUGCAAAUGAGCCCCAUGGAAGGUUGGAACCUUCCGUCGGAAAUGUGUUCCGAACCUCCGAAGGUCAGAACGUACCCUUCGCUUCUGUAAGUCGCUUUGGAUAAAUGCAUCUGCUGAAGGACUAAAUAAUAAUAACAGUGGAUCAGUAAAAUUCAACAGCGCCCUCGGCUGGGAAUAUCAAGCAGAGCUCUCAGUAUAUUGAAAAUGAAAGAGUGGAUCGUCAUUGACACAAGGAGAGAUAUGAACGUGCCCCCCCCCCCCAACCCCCCCAGACUGUGACACUCUCAGUGUUAAACUAUUAAACGCUGUGUACAUACAGCAUCAUUAUUAUUAUUAUUAUUAUUAUUAUUAUUAUUAUUAUUAUUAUUAUUAUUAUUAUUAUUAUUAUUAUUAUUAGGGCUGUAUAUAAUGUAUCUACAGCAUCAUCAUUAUUAUUAUUAUUAUUAUUAUUAUUAUUAUUAUUAUUAUUAGGGCUGUAUAUAAUGUAUCUAAAAGGUAACUAUGCUCUGGUACUGAAUUCUUCAACGUCUUUAUCGUUUUAAACUGUUCACCGGCUGUUUUUUUUAAUUAUAAUUAAUUUUAUUUUAAUUGUAUGAUUUUUGUUGUUACAAGAAAAAAAUACAAAACAAAGUGCAAUGGAGAAAAACAAACUCUCGUCCAUUUGUUUAAAUAAAUAUAAUCUGUUUUUUUUUUUUUUUUUAGGUUAUCCCAUUUCUCCUUGCUAAAUUAACAGAAGCGUUGAGUCAACGCCCUUCCCCAGUCUCUUAUGGUACAAGACUGCUGUCUGUCUCCCCGCUAAUGUAACCAAAUCAAACGUGUUUUGAAUGAUAAAGCAGAGCCUGCGAUGAUGAAAUGGCCAUUAGUUCAAUUAGUUUAUUAUAAAAUGUUCAAGAAUUUCGAUGAAUUAUACAGCAGCUAACAGCAGUGCAUGGUAUUUAAAGGGUUAAGUUUGAUUUCCACAAUUAUCUUUAUCAGGUUCAAUUCUGAUUCCACACUUUUGCAAUUAUUUUUUAAACUGUGUCAAUCAUUACACAAAUGUAACAGAAGUUUUGACUCUCUCUCUCUCACACACACACACAGUGACUUACACACCUCCUGAGAGCUUAGGGACCUAUCAAACGCACACACAAACACCAUACAUACUGACACACAUUCACUCUACAGAGCCUUUUAUCUCAAGGAUCCCAAAGUGCUUCACACACACACGAAAAAAAAAAGUUUCCAUGAAACACGGUCUAAUACAAAAGGUAA